AUGGUGGGAUCAGGUUCUUCAGGUGGAGAUUUACGAACUCCACAGUUUGAUGGUGCAAACUAUGAUUUACGAACUCCACAGUUUCAUGUUAUUGAAACCCUUUUCAUUGAUCAUGUUUGUGAAUGGCAGGACUGUUUGUCUUUGUCUCUAUCGACUGGGAACAGUUUGCAAGUAACAUAUGUUCUGAUGCGCUCUCUCCGGGAGCAGUAUCUCUCAAUGCUGCAAAGAGCCCAGGUAAAAUCAACUGUUACUGAUCCUGGCCAAAGUCACAUGUCCACAGUUGCCAUACCCAAUGGUUUGCCCACUACUGUUGCCCUGACACUAAAUGAGAGCUCAUCUCCAAUGAGCACGGAUUUUCAUCCCAUUUGGCAGACAAUUCUUCUAUUUGGAACUUGUGUUGGAGACAUAGGACCACCAUGGGAUGUUAGUUCCGGGGAAAAGUUGCUUUUGAGAAAUUUUAGAGUCUGGAAUCUUGACAUAGGCCCGAUGGCCUUAAAGUGGUACCGAUUGGUGGAGAGUGAGCACUUUCCAGAUCCAACUGGCCUUCGAGCUCGAAUAGAACAAUGGACUUUUGGCCUUCAUCCAGCAUGCAUCAAGUAUUUCAUGUCUGCAUUAGAUGUUCCAGACGUUAUGGCUGUCACCCGAAACAAUAUAUGCAAGAAUGGGAUGGAAUCACUAUCUAGAGCGGGUGCCAUAAUCUAUUAUGCUUCCGUCUUCCUUUAUUUCUGGGUGUUCUCAACUCCUUCAUUCACCCGAUUCCACAUCAAAAGUGACGGUGAUCUUGAAGUCUACACUCUUGCAGUUGAUAAGGUCCCGAAAGAGUGA